AUGGACAUGUCGAAUGGCACAGACCCUCGAAUGGAUUUGUUGAUGACGAUACUUGACGAUACAGAGCUUCAAGUCAUUGCAAACUUUUAUGCGAGGAGGUAUUGGUACGGCGUCAUUGUGGUUAUUGGUCUCACAGCUCUCCUGAACAUGGCCGUGCGUCUUAGAUCUCGCUCAAGAAUGAGAUCGGCCGCCGCCAGCAGAGUCAAACAAGCAACUCCUCCACGUUGUUGCGGCCGAAUGCUCGAUGCCAUCACCUCCGCCUUUCGAAAACUCAUCUAUCCCCAAAUCUCGCCAACCCGCCAUUCCAAUCUACUCAAGGUUCCUCCUCUCGGCAUUAUCGUCCUCCUCUUCAUCUAUCUAGCCUUCGUCCUUACUCUCGAAUUCGUCAACCAAGAUAUCCCGGGUGAUCAGCAUCGUCAAGCUAUCGGUGUCCGUGCCGGCUGGCUCACAAUAACCCAACUCCCGCUGUUGAUUCUCCUAUCUGGGAAAGUCAACAUCAUCGGACUCAUCACGGGAGUUGGCUAUGAGCGUCUAAAUGUUCUUCAUCGAUGGGUUGCAAGAACGAUGCUCCUCACAGCUACGCUACACAUGGGCUACCAACAGGCUUUGUGGAAUAGUCUUGGCUUGCUACAACUAGAGUGGAACACUGAUACCUGCCCUCCGACCGGAAUCAAAGCCUACGCUUUCCUCCUCUGGUUAAACCUCUCCACCCUCGCUCCAAUCCGCAACCUCUGGUACGAAUUCUUCGUUAUCCAACACAUCCUCACAUUCUUUGGCCUCAUUAUCUGCAUCAUGCUUCAUCUCCCAUCCACAGCCCUCUUCUCUCGGAUCUACGUCUGGAUUCCCAUCGGUAUAUACCUGUUCGAACGAACUCUCCGAACUCUACGCUAUGCAUACAACAACCUACGUCCAGGAAGAGCAACACUGAUCCAGUUAAAUGGCGGUGUCACUAAGGUUAUUGUAAGCACGAGACAAUUGAAGAACUGGAGCCCAGGCUCUUUUGUCCUGCUUUCUUUGCCAAGGUUUGGGUUGGGACAGAGUCAUCCCGCGACAGUAGCUUCCAUCCCAUCUUCUCAUGAAGGGAAACUUGUUUUCAUUCUCAGAGCACACCGUGGAUUUACGAGCCGCAUUCAUGCGAAUGAGAGUACUAUUUCUCUCCAUGGAGGCUCAGCUUCAUCUGAGUCACCCCAGGAUUCCAAAUCCACUCAUCUCGUGUUAAUUGACGGCCCCUACGGUGGCACACAGCUUGACUUCGCAUCUUACAAUUCCGUUCUCCUAAUCGCAGGCUCAACAGGUGUGACGUUCACGUUACCUGUUUUGCUUGACCUCGCCUGGCGAGCCGAGAAGCAGAAACCCGCUGUGAAACAUGUGACAUUUAUCUGGGCGGUCAAAACUUCAGCCUGUACUUCUUGGAUAGACUCUGAGUUGAAACAUGCAGGUGGUGAGUUGCAAAAGGCUGGUAUUGAGUUGGGAGUCAGAAUUUUUGUUACUGCGGAUGAGGAAUUCGCUGAGGUUGAUGAGGGAAAACCGUCUUCAGCAGAAGCAUGUCACUGUGAAAAAGGGAAUGAGGAGUGUUCUUGCAUCUCACCAUUUCCUAAACUGCCUCCCGACACUAAAUCAAACCCUCUUGCCGAACAAGUCAAAACUCAAGAGAGAACCAACGAGGCGGUGGAAGAGACGCCAAGACUGGAGCUUCCAUAUUAUGCUAGUAGGUGUUCAGUGACGACGAUACAGAGCGGGAGACCGGACCUGAAAGGAAUUAUAAAGGAGGCGCAAGGUAAGGCGGAUGGAGAAAUAGGGGUCGCGGUUUGUGGUCCCGUUGAGUUGACGGCUGAAACGAGACGGGUUGUUGCGGGUCUUGAGGGGAAGGGCGGAAGCAUUUACUUGCAUGCUGAGAGUUUUGGGUGGUGA